GUGAGGCUUUGGCUUGAGAGGAAAGGAGAAGGCAAGUGGUGAUCACUAAGCAUCUAAAGAAGGACGUGCAGGGAUGAGACUCAUGGACCACAGCGUGCUGAAAUGUUGUCUCUUCUCUCUACUCUUGCUAACAGUGUCUGCAGCAGACCCUCCAUCCAAUGCAGCCAUUUUUGCUAGUGAAAUGACUCCAGGCAAAGCACCCAAUACAUCCAACACAGCCAGUGCAAACCAACCUUCCAACACAGCCAGUACAAACCAACCAUUCAACACAGCCAGUACAAACCAACCAUCCAACACAGCCACUUCAUCCAGUGCAACGACACCCUCCUGUACGACACGUCGAUGUCUGGCCAGCAUGCUGAUUGCGAAAGAAGCUCUGAGUCAGCCACAGUCUCCAUCAUGCAUCUCAAAUAUCAGUGUGCCGUUAAUAGUGUAUGAAACUCUGUCUGUCGACACAAAAGAUCUCCGCUUCGAGAGUCAUCUCCAAGUCAUGUUGUCUUGGGAAGACCCUGACUUGUCAUGGAACACAUCAGUCUAUCAUCAUGAUAUGGUGGUCCUGCCUGUCAGCAAAAUCUGGACUCCUGAACUCCAUGUGACUAAUGGAGUGCAAACAAUAAUGAAGCACGGCAACAAGGAUUUACUGGUGCACAGCAACGGGACUAUAGAGCACAUGGUCAUCAUGAACACUGUGGUGGGCUGUGAGGUCAAUCUGUACAACUACCCCUUCGCUUCAGAUUUCUGCCCCAUCGCCAUCAACGUAUGGGCACUUAAAGGAUGUGGCAUGUUCCUGAACUUUGGGAAAGUGAGCACAACUAGUGCAAACCGUGGAGACUGGCUAACCGAGGAGGUGGAACUCAACACUAAAGGAGGCAGAGAUGAUCGCAACUAUCUAUGGGUGUCGCUGAAAAUGCGGUCUGAAAACCCGUUUCUGUCCCUGGUCCUGCCCAGUAUACUGAUCAUUGUGGCAGAUGUGGUGAGCUUCUCCCUGCCACUGGGAGGGGGCGAGCGUAUCUCAUUCAAGGUUACACUGGUUCUCAGCUUCAUCAUGUUCCUCAUCAUCCUCAACGACCUACUGCCUGGAGGAGGCCAGUGCAGCCCCAUCAUCCGAAAGCACUUCUGUUUCUGUUUGGUCAUCCUGGUGUUGAGCACGUUGCAGUCUAUGGUGCUCACACGCCUGGCUAAGUGUGGCACUCUCUGGCCCUGCAGCCUCUCCAAGUCCAAAGACUCACUGCUUAAAGACACAGACAAUGAAGAGGAAUCCAAGUCUGAUAUUAACGUCUCAGAGGAAGAGAAGAAUACAGCCCUCCAGAAGGUGGUGAAGUUUCUCAACAAAAUGGCUGCACAAGACCAGAAAAAUGCUAUACACCAUCGCUUUGCCAACAAAGUGGACUUGAUCUGUUUCUGUAUCUAUCUCACCGUCCUCAUUGUUUAUGCAGUCGUCAUUUUAUAUUUCUCCUUUGGUUCUCGAUGUAAGAUCAACCAAUUAGAUUUCUGGUCAUAAAUUCUUUAUUUGCUUUUAACAACCAUCAUUUUAAAAAAUAUUGGUGUAUUCAGAAAUUUUGCAAGCACAAACAAAAAGCUAGUUGUUUUGAGUUUCUGGGUAAAAUAAAUAGAUGUGUUUAUUCUUAAGUAGGGCUUUAACAAUAUUUAUUUAAACAUGUUUAGAACUAGACAGUCAUAUGUGUAAUAAUACAUUUAGUAAUUAGGGCUCUAAUGAAUACAUAUAAUGGGGACUGUAGUGCUAUAAUCCCCCAGAAUAGAGGCCUAGAACUCUAAUGAAUACAUGUAAUGGGGACUGUAGUGCUAUAAUCCCCCAGAAUAGAGGCCUAGAACUCUAAUGAAUACAUGUAAUGGGGACUGUAGUGAUAUAAUCCCCCAGAAUAGAGGCCUAGAACUCUAAUGAAUACAUGUAAUGGGGACUGAAGCUGUAAUAUUAGUAGUGUGGAAACAAAUCAACAGUGUGUUAUUUCCUAUAGAGGCAGUGUGAUGACCUUAUAUUAUCCCCUAUCUAAGCAGGUUCUCAACCUCAGGCUGAGAUAUCAAAUAGUCUCUCGAUCAUCUCCUCCACCUGCGCUGGGCUGUAUUUGUGGUAUCUCUCAGGGUGUUUGGAGAAGUCAUGGUCACAUCUGUGUAAAGUACAGGACCAUAAUAAAUGAAUAUCACUGUACCAGCGUUCUGUAUGAAAUUCUUACUGCACAUCAAUAUUGAACAGUGCUGAAUAAAAGAACCCGUGUCUUGUACCGAACAUACAUGUGACAUCCCAGUUUCACCUACAAUAUUUGAAAAGCAUCAGUUAUCCAACCACCUUAUGUGUGCUGAAUUCCAAAUGGACCCCCUACUCCCUAGCCACCCUUGCACAUCUAAGAGGAUUGGAUAGGUAGAAGCAAUUCGACAACAUUUUCACUAGGCCAAUCAGAAGGCAAGAUGAAGGUAUUACCAUAAUGCUUGUAUCCAUCCAAUCCGCUCAGAUCUACAGGAGUAGUUGGGGAGUAGGGGCUGGUGAAUAGGGUCUAGUGAAUAUGGAGUAGGGGCUAGAGAGUAAGAGCUAGGAAAUAGUGAGUA